AUGUGCCACUCAAAGAUUCUGCUGUUUCUGUGUGUAACUCUUGUUGUUUCUGUUUCCUCCCAGGAUGCUUUACUGCGGCUGGCAGGAGUUGUUGACGUGCGCUCACUCCGAGAUGCUCUCAGAGAGACCGCACAGGGGCUACUGCCCAGCGUGGAGUGUGUUUGUGUGUACGUGCUGGAGAGAGACUCGAGGCUGCAGUGUGACGACCCAAGCCAUGAGCUGCCAAAGGAGGGGAAGAUCAGGGAUAUGGUGGGUCAGUUGAAGAGGUGUGUGUGUGCCGGUCUACCUCCCUCAGAGAUGCAUGAGAAACACAGGAGCAGCCUUGCAGCACCCCUCCCACCCCACAGACGAGCUGUGGUAAUUCCUCUCCUGGACCAGGAACAAGGAGUUGUCAUCUCAGUCUUACUGGUGGGCUGUAAACCGCUGAGUGAUCAAGACGAACAACACCUCAACACUCUGGAGAAACAUGCAGCUGUAGCGUGUAGGAGGGUACGAACCCUGCAGUCGGCCAAUCAGAAGUCUCUCGUCAGCCUGUCACCGAUCCAGCCCCACAAUGCACUGCUCCGGCCCGACCCCACAGACUACUGUGACCUGGACCGCAAGAUUCUACAGCUGUGUGGUGAGCUGUAUGACCUUGAUGCAACUACUCUUCAGCUCAAAGUAAUCAAUUAUUUGCAGCAGCAGACCCAGUCUCAGUGCUGCUGUCUGCUUCUGGUGUCUGAAGACAACCACCAGCUCUUCUGUCAGGUGGUUGGAGACAAAGUUCUGGAGGAGGAGAUCAGCUUCCCUCUGAUGUUUGGGCGCUUUGGGCAGGUAGUGGAGAAGAAGAGAUCCAUCACUCUUCAGGACGUCACUGCGGAGGAGCGUAGACAGCUAUCCAGUAUGCUGGGCAGUGAGGUGUCCUCUCUGCUAUGUGUCCCUGUGGUCAGCAGAGCCACUGGCCAGGUGGUGGCACUAGCCUGCGCCUUCAACAAACAGGGAGGACAGAGACACACAGAGGCGGAUGAACAUACGAUCCAGCACUGCUUCUGUUACACCUCCACUGUCCUCACCUCCACACUGGCCUUCCAGAAAGAACAGAAACUCAAAGUGGAGUGUCAGGCACUGUUACAGGUGGCCAAGAAUCUCUUCACACAUCUGGAUGAUGUCUCAGUGUUGUUGCAGGAGAUUAUUGUGGAGGCCAGGAACCUCAGUGAUGCAGAGAUUUGCUCUGUGUUCCUACUGGAUCAAGUCAGCCAUGAGCUGGUUGCCAAGGUUUUUGAUGGGGGCGUGGUCAGUGAUGAUGAGAAGGAGUUCCGUAUCCCUGCAGACCAGGGCAUAGCGGGUCACGUAGCUAUGACUGGGCAGAUCCUGAACAUUAAGGAUGCGUACUCCCACCCUCUGUUCUACCGAGGAGUGGACGACAGCACCGGGUUUAGAACACGCAACAUCCUCUGCUUCCCCAUCAAGGACGAGAACAACGAGGUUAUUGGGGUGGCUGAGUUGGUCAAUAAGACUAAUGGACCGUGGUUUAACCGCUUCGAUGAGGACCUGGCCACUGCUUUCUCCAUCUACUGUGGAAUCAGCAUCGCACACUCUCUUCUGUAUAAGAAGGUCCAUGAGGCUCAGUUCAGAUCCCACCUGGCCAAUGAGAUGAUGAUGUACCACAUGAAGGUGUCAGCAGAGGAGGUGGCCCAGCUGUUGGUAACUGGGCUGGAGCCCGUGGAAGAGAUUCAUCCCUUAUUCGCUGAGUUCACCUACACACCCCGUUCACUACCUGACGACAACACACCCAUGGGCAUCCUGAGUAUGUUUGAGGACAUGGGCUUCAUCAACGCCUAUAAGAUUGACCUGCACACUCUGGCCAGGUUCUGUCUGAUGGUAAAGAAGGGUUACAGAGAUCCUCCCUAUCACAACUGGACACAUGCCUUCUCGGUCUCUCACUUCUGUUAUCUCCUCUACAAGAACCUGGGCCUGGCCAACUACCUGGAGAAUAUAGAGAUCUUUGCUCUCUUUGUCUCCUGUAUGUGCCAUGACCUGGACCACCGUGGGACUAACAACUCCUUUCAAGUGGCCUCACAAUCUGUCCUGGCUGCCCUCUACAGCUCAGAGGGCUCUGUGAUGGAGCGACACCACUUUGCCCAAGCCAUAGCCAUUCUGAACACCCACGGCUGCAACAUCUUCGACAAGUUCUCCAGAAAGGACUAUUAUAGAGGUGUUGACUUGAUGAGGGAUAUUAUCCUGGCCACUGACCUGGCUCACCACCUCCGCAUCUUCCCCGACCUGCAAAGGAUGGCUGACGCUGGCUACAAUCCCAGGAAUCAGACCCACCGUUCUCUGCUGCUGUGCCUGCUGAUGACCUCAUGCGACCUGUCGGACCAGACCAAGGGCUGGAAGACCACCCGCAAGAUUGCUGAGCUGAUCUAUAAAGAGUUCUUCUCCCAGGGGGAUCUGGAGAAGGCGAUGGGGAAUCGUCCCAGUGAGAUGAUGGACAGAGAGAAGGCCUACAUCCCAGAGCUACAGAUCAGCUUCAUGGAACACAUCGCCAUGCCCAUCUACAAGCUGCUGUCAGAGCUGUUACCAGGGGCAACCGAGCUGUAUGAGCGUGUAGCGACCAAUCGAGUACAGUGGACCAAAGUCUCCCACAAGUUCAGCGUCCGUGGGUUGCCUAGCAACAAUAGCCUCGACUUCCUGGAUGAAGAGUAUGAAUUGCUGCAAUCCCAGGGUGCACUUGGGGAUGACAGCCACUGCGAUGACACCCAUUGCCUCAACGGUUGCCUGGAUGAGGGGGACGGGGGGAGGGGCCUGUAACCAUACCAACCAAUGGGAGUGGAGAAAGCAGUAUCUCUAGGCUAAUAGAAACCUAAGGAAACUAUUCCCUUUUUACGUCCUCAAGCGGAGAAGGCGGGACUCUGAGACAGUUUGACAUUUGACUGACAGCUGUCAAUCUCUAAGGCUGAGCAAAACAGAUGGAGUGAACCGCAGGAGGGACGAUUCAGAUGAGUCAUUUCAAAGGAGUCGAUUCAGACUAGUCGAUUCAGAUUCCUGUAGAUGCUAAAUGUGACUGAACUCCUGUGAGGAAUGCAGAGAGUCGCGUUGACUCUGGAAAUGAUCAUUUUCAUAACGAGGUCUCCGUUCAUAUUCUUCUGAGUUUCUAUUUCACACACAGGCUCACAGACACCUAAUAGGUCAAUACCCGUGUAAUAACACACAGGUAAAGAGCUCCUUUCCUAGUUAACAGAAAGCUGUGUAGUACGGAGGACACUUCUGGAAUCUGUUGGUUUAUGUUGUUUUAAGAUCAUCAGAAUCCCUCCCAUCAGCCCACACACACCCUGAUGAGCUGCUAUGUCACUCAUAUGACUGCUUAUGUAUACUGUAUGUAGCCUACACCUUGUGUGUUACACCCUUUAUCUCAGCCAGUAUUGGAUGUAUUUUUCAUGUCUUAGGCAUCAUGUAAGUCUCUAGUUUGCCAGAUAUUAUAUUUGUUAUUAUAUAUGGAGCCCAUUGGUGGCCCUGCGAUGCCCAGUGGUCAUUGAGGGAAACUGUAUCUGCCUUGUGUCUGCCUUGUGAGUGGGACUUCCCUCUUUUGGAAAUGGGGACAGUUUGACAGUCAAUGAUCACUGGUCAGUCUUCUAUCCCCGGAGUGCACGCGCGCGCACACACACAUACACACACACACAGACAUACACACAGACACCACAACCACCAUUACAACCUUCACAACAAGAGCCACUAAGAGCCAUUCCUAUUUUCUUCUUAGUGUUUCUCUCUGUGUCUCUAUAUAACCCCUAUAACACUCUAUAUAAGUGAAGCCCUUUAAAUGAUCCAGUGUCAUCAUCAUGUGUGUGUGUGUGUGUGUGUGUGUGUGUGUGUGUGUGUGUGUGUGUGUGUGUGUGUGUGUGUGUGUGUGUGUGUGUGUGUGUGUGUGUGUGUGUGUGUGUGUUGUACGGAUCUGCCUUAUCGUGCAUCUAUGCUGCCUUUCUCAGAGCUUACCAUGUUGGACCAUAGAUACAAACAGACACAGAGGCCAAACAGUAUCUCCCGUGUGUUGAUGAACAGACCUAUAGAUGACAGUGUGUUGAUGAACAGACCUAUAGAUGACAGUGUGUUGAUGAACAGACCUAUAGAUGACAGUGUGUUGAUGAACAGACCUAUAGAUGACAGUGUGUUGAUGAACAGACCUAUAGAUGACCGUGUGUUGAUGAACAGACCUAUAGAUGACAGUGUGUUGAUGAACAGACCUAUAGAUGACAGUGUGUUGAUGAACAGACCUAUAGAUGACCGUGUGUUGAUGAACAGACCUAUAGAUGACAGUGUGUUGAUGAACAGACCUAUAGAUGACAGUGUGUUGAUGAACAGACCUAUAGAUGACAGUGUGUUGAUGAACAGACCUAUAGAUGACCGUGUGUUGAUGAACAGACCUAUAGAUGACAGUGUGUUGAUGAACAGACCUAUAGAUGACAGUGUGUUGAUGAACAGACCUAUAGAUGACAGUGUGUUGAUGAACAGACCUAUAGAUGACAGUGUGUUGAUGAACAGACCUAUAGAUGACAGUGUGUUGAUGAACAGACCUAUAGAUGACAGUGUGUUGGUUAUCAGUGUGUUGGUUAUCAUUGUGUUGGUUAUCAUUGUGUUGGUUAUCAUUGUGUUGGUUAACAGUGUGUUGGUUAUCAGUGAGUUCACUGUCUCAGGAGUUUAAAACACACUACCACUCAACUCCAAUCAAUCAGUCACCUAAAUGUUAAACUAAUGUGUGAAACUGCUGCUCGGUGAAGCCAGAGCAAACAGCUUAGCCUCACCACAUGUCAGGGCUUACAUACUGUAUAUGUGGAAGAAUUAAGGCCAUACAUGUCAAUAUAUUUCUUAAAAGGGCGUACAGGUCAAUAUAUUUGUUAGGUGAAUGAACUGGGGAUCUUGGUUAGGUGAUUGGGGCGUACAGGUCAAUAUAUUUGUUAGAUGAAUGAACUGGGGAUCUUGGUUAGGUGAUUGGGGCGUACAGGUCAAUAUAUUUGUUAGGUGAAUGAACUGGGGAUCUUGGUUAGGUGACAGGGGCGUACAGGUCAAUAUAUUUGUUAGAUGAAUGAACUGGGGAUCUUGGUUAGGUGAUUGGGGCGUACAGGUCAAUAUAUUUGUUAGGUGAAUGAACUGGGGAUCUUGGUUAGGUGAUUGGGGCGUACAGGUCAAUAUAUUUGUUAGAUGAAUGAACUGGGGAUCUUGGUUAGGUGAUUGGGGCGUACAGGUCAAUAUAUUUGUUAGGUGAAUGAACUGGGGAUCUUGGUUAGGUGAUUGGGG